GGCAUGGAUAGAUUGGGCUUGUUACGCAUGCGCCGUUGUGCGCGGGGAUAUUGUGUGGGGUGUGGUCCGGUAGUACGCCGAUUUGUGUGGGUGUGGCGCGUUCGCAGUUGUGUGAGUGUCCUUGCUGGGAAUAGACUAGCUCUCGGAAAGAUAAGGGAAAGAAAGAAGACAAGGGCGACUUAGUGCAGUGGUUUUUCAGGAGUCCUGCGUUCUAAAUGCGCGAGCGCCCAACCAUGUCGUCAAAACAAAGAAAAAUCCACCUGCCAGUGUGUGUUCCUAGAAUGGACUGGUGGCUACUCUCUACCUCCUCUGCUCCAUGGCUCUCCUCUCCUCCGCCGUGGCCUGGAUCUCCCUCCAGUUCACACCAACCAUCACGGCUCCUCUAGCCUUCAGUGUGGGUGUUCUGUCCCUCCUAGCAGGCAUCGUCGGAAUCCUAAUGGAAGGGGUCACCCGCAUUACCCGCUGCCUCGGAUUCACGUUUCUCAUACUGACAGCGACUCUGAUCCUAGUGGGUAUUGGUGUGCUAUUACCUUUCGUUCUGCUGUAUAAUGGAGGGAGUGAGAGUCUGAUUGGUGAGUAUUGCGACGAUUGUGAGCAGUUCGGGAAGAGGACGCAGACGUGUGUGGACAGUUGUGACGACGAGUGUUGUUUCACCGACAUGAGUGAGACCCUGGCAAUUGUACUGAUUGCCGGAGCGGGGGUUUCGUUGCUAACAAGCAUUGUUGGACUAGGGACAGCCAUAGCACACCUAUUCUUCUCCUUCAGAUUGCCUUCACAGACGCACCAAAAACUCUGAUUUACAUUUCCUCUCAUUUAUACACUCGUCAUCUUCUCUUCCCUAAACGUAAUCUCUACACAUUUUGUGGUUGUCAUCUCUUUUUAGACAAAAGCGCACAUUACACAAGUCCUUUUUUAUACUCAUAAUUAUGUUGACGUGCACAUAUGAACAACAUGCAUAGUAAUAUAUACAUGUCACAUGUCAUUUUUGCUCGUUAUAUUGAACAACAGCGAACUGUAUUUUUAGAGCAGCCUCUAGGCUAUAAAUAGAGCUGUUAAAAAAUGUUCAUGCAAAAUCUGCCACACCCAAAGUUCCAUGUUUUCUAUUAAAAUAUUGUUUACUGGAGGAA